GUGUACAGUACACACGCUAACGGGCUCAAGAAGGAGGUGUGUUGAUGUCGAGUUGGCACGUUUGCUGUAGUAAGUUUACCUUAUGAUUUGAAAGGUUUAAAACAGAACUGGAGGAAGAAAACAAUGGCAUUUAGAAAAAUUAAUGUUGUUAUUCUGCUGCUGAUUGCUGUAGCAUUUUUAAUAAUUGUGCAUCGCAAUCUUAUAAGUUUGAAUGACUUUCUGAGGAGUGUAAGUUCUGACUCUCGCAAUAUGGGAUUACAGCCAAAUGACUUUCUGAUUGAAGCACCUCAGAGUUUUGAAGUUGCUAGGACAGGUGAAGAGGUUCCUGUGGUUAUCACUGCUGCAGGAGAGAGACUAGGAGCUUUAAUAGCAGCUAUGAACAGCAUAUACAGCAACACUAAGUCCAACGUUGUCUUCCACAUAAUCACAAUGAAUGACACGAUAGAUCACUUAAAAAACUGGCUCAGUAAAACUAGGCUGAAGGAUGUGAAGUACCGAAUUGUACAGUUUGAUCCACAGGUUUUAGAGGGGAAAAUUCAACACAAUCCUGCAGAAUCAGAACCUGUUAAACCGCUAACCUUUGCCAGAUUUUUUCUACCUACUUUUGUUCCAGAUGGAAAUAAGGCAAUUUAUUUGGAUGAUGAUGUCAUUGUGCAAGGUGACAUCCAGGAGCUGUAUAAUACCAAGCUGAAGGCAGGCCAUGCUGUUGCUUUUUCUGAUGACUGUGACAGUGCAUCUCUGAAAGGACUAGUCAGGGGAGCAGGUAACCAGUACAACUACAUUGGUUUCCUGGAUUAUAAAAAGGAUUCCAUAAGGAAACUGGGAAUGAAGGCCACCACCUGUUCUUUCAAUCCUGGAGUGUUUGUGGCUAACCUGACUGAAUGGAAACGACAGAAUAUCACAAAGCAGCUUGAAAAAUGGAUGGAACUUAAUGUAGCAGAGGAUCUUUACAGUCGGACCCUCGCUGGCAGUAUUACUACACCACCUUUACUUAUUGUGUUCUAUAAGAAGCACUCCAGCAUUGAUCCAAUGUGGCAUGUGCGGCAUCUCGGUUCCACUGGUGCUGGAAACCGCUAUUCAUCUCGAUUUGUGAAAGCAGCCAAACUGCUUCAUUGGAAUGGUCAUUACAAACCCUGGGGGAGGACAUCUUCAUACACAGACAUUUGGGACAAAUGGUACAUCCCAGAUCCAACAGGCAAAUUCCACCCAGUACGGAAACACACUGAAGACAAAUAAGCUUACACGAUUUGAGAUUACUUCUUUCCUUCCGAUGUGUUAUUAGCGACUUCUCAGGACAGCUUGUUACACUUGAGCAGGAUGACUACAGUGGGAGUUGGUAUUGUUUAUAACAUCUUUUUAUAUGUGCUGUAUUGUGCAUGCAGCAGAGGCCACAGUCUGCUCGUUUGCAGGUACACGAGGGGUGUGAAAUCAUUCUUACUCCUGCGUUAAGGUGUUUGCCGAGAUCCUGUGUGAUAGAUAAACAUGUCUUGCACUUUCACCUUUUAUACUUUUGGUGGUAUACUAACCAGUAGCAGUUAAGGAAUUUGUGGUAAGUCAUUUGCAGUACGUUUGUAAUUGAUGCAUUUCAUAGCCAUCACCAUUUAAGAUGCAGCAUUUUUGAUGAUGCAGUCUGUUUUUGCUGCUCCAGUACAAAAAAUGUCUUAAUUGUUACUUUACCUUUACAUGAAAUGUAAGUAAUGUCGUUAAUAAAAAUAAGUUAUACCUUUCUGAUUAUUUGAAUAAUUAACACAAGCAACCUCUUGGGCAAGGUUUUUAUAAUUUUUUUUUUUUACUGUCUAUUUAUUUAACCCAGUAAAACAAUGCAUAGAGGCUCCCACGUGGCGCAUCUGGUGAAGGCGUUCUGAGUCGAGUGCAGGAUGCGCCCUAUUGCCUGGAGGUUGCUGGUUCAAGUCCAGGCUAUUGUAUUGCUGCCCGUAUUGUAUUGGGAUAAUAAACAGAUAUGCUAAAUUGGGAGAAAAUAAUAAAAUAAUUGUUGAUUUACUAAAUAAAAAAACACAACACAUGACAUUUUCUUACUGUUUUAUGUUUAACGUGGCGUUAGAUACUUAAAGUUAAACAAACACAAAGAGAAUAACAUUUUUUCCCCCUCAAUUGAUUAGGAAAAUAAUGCAAAAGUAGCAAGAAAUCUGAAAAAUUGCAAAUGAACAAAUAUCGGUUGUUGAAAAUUUGAAGUUAAACCAUCUUUUGUCCUGUGGUAGUGUUGAUUACAAUAAAGUUACAAACCAGUAUUAAUAUAUUUUACUGACACUAGCAUUUUCUUAUUACGCCCACUUAACUGUUCUGUACACAUAAUAAAAAUAAAUGAGCACUUUCAUGUACUUGCAGUUGUCAAUCUGUUUUCUAGAGCUACAUUCAAUUUUGCUUUAGAAUGAACAAAACGUUAUUUUCAACAUGAACAGUUCCUUUAAUUUCUGUGCAUUGAAGUUACAUUGGCACAAUACUGUUUUUACAUGAAACAGUGUACACUGAACAAAAAUAUAAACGCAACGUGACAAUUUCAAAGAUCUGACUGAAUUACAGUUCAUAUACGGAAAUCAGUCAACUGAAAUAAAUUGAUUAGGCCCUAAUCUAUGGAUUUCACAUGACUGGGAAUACAGAUAUGCAUC